UGCAAAUUUAGCGUAGGCAGCAUAAAACUAGGCCCGCGGCUCACGUAUCAAAGUAAAUAAAAUACCAGGUAUAUUACUCUCCGCUUUUUUCAUGUAGUGGUAGGCAAAGAAAAAAAGCAAAAAAUAGUUUUAGGAGCAUCCGCGAUAACAGUGGCAGUGAUUUUAAAACUAGCUUCUUUGUAUUGGAGAGCAAUAUGGCGAUGUAAUAUACCUAGUGUUCUAUUUACGUUGCUCACGUACCUCGCACAUAAUUCAAUCGAGCUGUCAUGGUUAAUUUUGUUUGUUUCGCAAUAUUUUGAUAGCGUUUUCGGUGUUUCGUUUCGUGUUAACCGUGUUAACUUACAAAGUUAUGUUUAAUUUUUUUGAGGCGGCUGUUGGAAAUCAUAUGUUAAUCUUGUUAGGCUACGCUGAUAGCACCGGUUAUAUGCCUUGUUAGCGAAGGAAUUUUCUGCGGCAAAAUGUGCCGAAGGUCACCUGCGAUCAUCAUGCUGGACCAAGCGGAGCAAGUUUUCUACGUCCUUUAGGGACUGAGGCGGUUCAAAUGAUUUUUGUGGACAUCGGCGCCUCGAUGAUGAUACUUUUCGUUGGAUUCAUCGCAACAGGGCCACCCGGUAUAAGGUUUAUCGGGCCUGGGGCUCCCGUGUAGGUGGUUGUAUAUCUUGCGUCGUGUUUAUGGAAAUAAUCUACAUACUGGAGAUCACCUGGAUUUUGAUACUUUGCUUCUUUAGUAUGGUUACUUUCGUGUUCACUAUUUUCUGGAACAUUUGUGAGAACCCUGAUCUGCGGUCCCAUCGGAGCGAUAUAGUUUUGACGUAAUUUUAUUUUAUGUUCUCUGCCGGGGUCAAACAAGAGGAUAUGAAAAUUCGUGACCAGAGCAAGGUUGAAGCUUUCUGCAAAGAUGUGGAAAAGUGUGAAAUCAUGUUCAUCAUCGCUACUGUAAGCUAUUCGCUGAUUAUCCUCAGUUUGGUGCAAUAUGUGCUUGGCAGUAAAUUAUGCACAUAUUCGGAUCAUGACAAGUUCCAGGAGCUUCGGGAGAUGCAGAAUCUGAUCGAAAUGGAAUACACCGCUUUGUCCGAAGGGUCGUUUUGAGGAUACGACCCAGGGAAUUUUGUUCGAGCACAGCACUUGAUAUUGCCAGCAAGUGACGCAACCGAUUUGCAAAAAAAAAAUUAUAAAAAAAUGUCUCAGAUGUUCUUACAUUCGUUCGUAUAAUCAUUGUAUCGUACUAUUCGGGUGAAUAAGUUGACAUAACUCCCGAUUCUUUGAUCAGUAUUCAUUAAGUAUUAAACUUUACGUUAUUACAAAUGACCAUUAUUGUAGAUCCAAUCGUUUGUUCCAUAUCUGUUAAAUUCUUCCUACGUAAAUCAUAUGUAAAACAUAAAAAAGUUUGUUUCUCUCAUUUACGCCAAAUUUCUCAACGUAUAACUUUUAUCUGACUUGUCUUUCUAUGCGCACAUUUCUUUACACUAUGCUCUUCUUUGUUACUACCAGGGGAUUGUCAAGAUGGCCGCCUCUUCGUAGCCAGCAUAGAAAAUCACGAGCAUAAAAAUCAUAACCUUUGUUUUUGUUUAUAAAAUGUUUACAAACAAACUCAUCAUACGCAACGUACAACGUCAUCAGAUUGGUGCAUUUCAACAGUUUCUACUCAAGUUGUCCAAUAUCACUACGAUCGUGUCUUAUUGAAAUAAAUUAACAUCAAAAUAAUAAAAUGAAGUGCUUCGUGCGAUCCUGCCACAGUGAUUUUAAUCGCAAAUCAACAAAUGAAGCUUCCGGAUGGGUAUCCAAACAUCGUUUCCCGAAGAAAACUGACCAACGGAAUCGUUGGCUUCAAGCUAUUGCAAAUGCUGAAAAUAUUUGCAUUAACAUCGACUCCAUUAACUUUAAAACAGUGAGAGUUUGUUCAAAACAUUUCACUCGCAACUCCUACUAUUCUCGCGGAACCCAACUAUAUUUAACCGAUGCAGCUGUUCCCACUGUUUUUGGUUUUUGCCAAAAACCUGACAGUGAGUUUCUCAUAUCCGAUCCACUCAACGGAGCAUGUGUUUAUAGUUCGAAGGAUUCAUAUAGUUCCUGUUUAUCACACCAAAGUCACACCCACCGUAACGUAUCUCUUCUGGAUCCAGAAGUAGGACGCAAAUCCGACGCAUCAGCUACCGCCUUUGGCAAUAAUCAUUCGUCUGAAAAUAUUAAAACGCUUGACGUAUCAAACACAUCAGACUCAUUCAAUCUGAAUGAUGAGCUCCAAGUUUCCGGCCAUUCGAAAUCCAAUUCGUCGGGUUUAUCCAGGGAAAAUUUGCUUUUGCGUUCUCAAGAUCCCGACCUGCAAACGCCAAGUAUACCUGCUGUGUUUGGCUUGAACAGUCAAGCUUAUGAAGUUGGUGACAUUAAUCUUGAGAAUUCGUACCUGUCAGGUGCAUCUACCCAAGCCACCAGCAAAUUUGAUGAAUCCGAUUUACCAGGUUCAACCAGACGAGGCUACAAGCUAGGGAACAGUAACCAACAUGCUUCCUCAAAAAUGACAUCCACUACAAUUAUUUCAGAGAAACAAAACCGUAAAAAGCGAAUUCGAUACGCUGGUGACAUUAUUGGUCAAGAUCUAACAGAAAAAGAGAAAGCCAUUGCUCUGCCUAAAGUGCAGGCUCAGCUGCAGCGAUCCGAAAAAAACUAUAAAGCAGCUAAUGUCCAAGGUCAGAAGACUUAAAGACAAAUUACAAAAUAUGGAAGAUCUACUGGCGAAGUUGAAUACGAAAAAAAUGCUAUCGGAUACGGCGAAUUCAUUUUUGCAGCGGUUUCAAUCAAAUGAUUCUCUAUUCAGAGAGUUGGUACUUUGCAAAAGAGGAGAACCAUGCAGCGAAACAUUAAGAUCUUUUGCGACUACGUUACACUUUUAU